AUGAUUGUGGAGACGAAGAAGCAGCAGAUUUCAUUGAGUAUGGAUUCUCAACCACAUCAUCAACAACAACGACAACAACGAAAUUCAAAGCACGCCAACACAUCUUCAUCAGCCGUCCAAGUAGCAACAUCAGCGGCAAUGAUGGCGACAGCAACACAAAUGAGGGCGACGUUAAUAUAUUUAGCGCCUUUUUUGCAUCCGUGCAAGAAUGUUGUUCCUGGAACAACUACAGCAACAACAACAUCUUCACAGCAGCAGCACCAGCCGCACUUGCCCCUCGAAUGGAAUGGGGAACAAGAUGGGGAAAUUUCACAAAAGACACAUGUGGCCCGUGUUAGUGCCACAACGACGACGUCGUUGUCCGCCAGCCGCUCUAGCAUGGCAAGACGUGGUGGUGUUGGCACUGCCACUUGUAAUGGCAACCGGAAUGUUACGACAAUGAGCUGCAGUGGCACACAAGCGCUGCUACAUCCAGGCGGCACCAACAACAAUAAUAAUCAUUAUAAUAAUGCCAUAAAUUGUAAUAGCACCGUCAUCAAUGCCAGUACAGGCGGCGUCAGACACGGCAGCAGUAACAGCAACGACAUCGGUGGCACUAGUAGUGGUAAUAGUAGCUCCAUAAGAAGCAGCUGUUGUCAUCAUAAUACUGGCGCAGACGAACGUCAGGAUUUAGACAUGGCAAUGUUGCAGUGGCCGGAAUCGUCGUUGGAGAACCUGAAAAAGACGAAGGAUAACGCAAAAUGUUAUGAACAAAAUUAUGAAAUGCCUGCCUUAGAGACCACAACAACGAUGUUUACAGAAGAAAAAGAACAGAAGCACGAAGGAGAAGGGUGCCUGCUUGCAAGAGUGGUGGAGGAAAACCCCAAGAAAACAGCCGACAACCCAUCAUUAUCUGCUUCAACCUCCAUAAGUAGCGGCCGCAGCAACACCACGCUCACGUCUAACAUGUCUGGUAUGGUUCCUUCUACGAAAUCCUCUCUUCAAAUCCAACAGGAUACAACAAAAACAGCAACCUCAUUUGUAAACUAUACGAAUAGCCGUAGUACAAAAUAUUUACGAGAACGUGGUCGCAGACACCAACAGCAGCAGCAACAACAACAACAACUGCAACAAGGACAUGAUUCAACAUUAGGUCUAGCUCCUGUAGGACAACCACUUAAGAAACAUGAAGAAUUUCAGUUACAGCAACAACAACACGAACAACGAAGAAAAUCGCCGUGUGGUCUUCAUGGCCAUGCAGAUCCUAGCUCACAAACCACCACACACCCGGCUGCUGUUGUUAUUGAUAAUCAUAAUACAGCAAAAUGUUGUAAUAAUAACCAAAUGGCCAACACGUCACUGUUGUCAAGAUGUCAUUGCUUAAAUAAUAUGCUUAGCAAUGGCCCAGCAGCCGGGCAUUCCCCAGCGAGCCAGGAGCCCAACACCGAUGUCCAAGAAGAUGGUCAUCAUGAUUUAAUAUUAAGAAAUUCAUUGGAAGCCUGUAACAGCAAUGCCAUAGGAAAUGAAAUAUUUGAUACCCUCAACGACAAUGUAUUCUCCACGCCACCACCAGCUCCCUCAUCGCCAAUGUCAUCAUCCUUCUCACCCUCAUCGUCAUCAGCUUCAAUUUCAACUGCAACUUCGUAUACAACGAUAUUAAAUAAGGAAUGUAGGUGCUUUAAUAAAAAUAAACGUGAUAUUAUUAUUGGCAGCGAAAACCCAGCAAUGGCGUCAACAUUACCAGCAACAGCAACAAUAAAAGCAGCAGCUGCCAUUUUUUUAUCUCCAGCCUCCAGUUUGGAGAGUUGUUGCAUUAUUAACUCAAAUGCCGACAGUAGCAACAACAGCAUCAGCAAUGCAUUAUCCAUGCAACAUAGUUUAGAUUUAUCGACUACAACAUCAUCAACUUUAUCAUCGGCAUCUAUGGAGUCAUCAUCGACAACUUCGUCGUCGUCGUCCUCCUACUCAUCAUCAUUCUUAGCCACGACAUCAUCGUCGUCACUGUGUUCGGAGAUGAUGCCAUGCUCGCGGUGGAGGUGGUGGUUAGUUGCAUUAUUUGGCUGUUCCAACUUAACCAAAACGGUUACGGUUUCAAAGUGGUUGUUUAUGUGGCUGUUAUUUGUUGUUCUAUCAUCGUCAGCUCAUUGUUGGGCGGGUCGAAAUGAUGUGCCCACAAAUUGUACAUUUCCUGCCCGCUGGGAGGGCUCAUGGUUCCUAUCGGGCUAUCAACAAUCCAUACACAUUAAAGGUUCCCAAUUUAGUUAUCGUGGUCGAUGUGCAGCUUCGGAUGGUAACAAAUAUUUAAUAGUUGACGAGAAAGGAUGUCAUCGGUGCCUGGUCAUAUACGAGAAACAUAAAAAUGUUCUGCAGUAUAAAGAAAGUGAGUGCGAAGGUGAUAGUAUGUAUAUGCAUCAAACAAAUCCAUCAGCCAUGGCGAUGCGUAGCGUUUUAAAUCAAAAGCCCAGCUUGGGCAAUGGUGGUGAUCAUAGGGGGGGAGCUCAUCCCAAUUUGAACGGGCAUUCAAGACUAUCCUCAUCGGAUCAAUAUAUAAUGCGAUCCAAUGAUGAUAUGAAUGAUUAUUUUUGCAAAGGUCGUGAAACGUUACAGAAUCUCUGCGAUCAAAUACCCGGUGAUGCUUUGCUGUAUUCCUUGUUUAGGGAAAGUGCUGAACCCGUUAAAUGUCCACUAAAAGGUCCCUUUGUGUUUACCUACAAUCGUGGUAAUGGUGAAUGCAAAAGUCCCGUUUCAAAUAUUGAAAGCUGUACCGAAGAUAGCCGUUUGCUAUUAAGUUUCCAGGCCUGUCCAGAUGUUGUGGGGACAGAGAGUACAGUUGAAGAGCUAACCUGUCUGGCCACAUGGAAAGAUGGCAAUUCCCGUUAUUUAGUGGGUCUAGUGUCACAUCACCAUGCCAUAUCGAAUGAAGAGCGUUAUAGGUGUUUUGUCUAUGAGAAAAUUUCAUCAUUAAUGGAUAUGGGUCACUUUGGCGGACCAAGUAUGUCAACAUCUAAAGAUGCCGAAUAUAAAUUAGCUCAAUCGGGUGAUGCAACAUGUAAUGGUUUGGAUAGUGCAGAGGUGGGUUCACGAAUUAUGUCGCUACGCAAACCCCCUGUCACGGAACGUUGUGAUUUCCCAGCGUGGUUUAAAGGGCCACGACAUUGGCAUGUUCUAAUGGGUAAUGCGGUCUAUAACUACCACACAAAUGAUGGUUCCAUACACAUUAUUAAACCCAACGGCUAUAUGGAUACAAGGGCAUUGUGUGAACAAAUUAAUAAACAAACGGCCACGGAAAUGAUGUCAGUGGUACAUUACACCACCGGAUGCCAAUCUGGUUUUAUGUGUAUGAUGUUCUAUCGUCGUGAUACUCACAUUAUUGAAAUUCAAACUGGUAAACCUGCCUCGCGUUUGGAAGAUGCCUGUGCUCCGGAUCAUUUUGAUAUUAAUAAGACACCCUAUAUAACUCUAUUGGCCUCAAAUCCUGAUCCUCAAAUUUGUCCCAUGGAAGGUCUGUACACCUUAAGAGGUGCCAUUGGCCCACCAUAUAUGACCACCAGACAUAAACGCAAUCACAACAAUAAAGUACAUGGCAUUCACAAUCAUCAUCAUCAGUAUGAAAGUAACGAACGGGGGUUCUUGCACAGAAGCCGACACGCCUCCUUAAGUUUCCGCAACUCAAAUCCUAACGAACGUAAUGCCUGGCAUUCAAAUACACGUGGUCUACCUGGUCGUUCCCGUCGUGAUGCAUCCAGUACCACAACCCAACCGACUAUCUCUUCAACAUUGAAUAGUAGUCAGGAGACAUUGCCGGGUUCGUCGUCUGCUUCCGCCUCACCCAAAGAUGUAACCACCCAGGAGAUUUUGGUUGUGGGCAAUAGCACCAAUGUCGGUUUUGUCCAAGAUCCCGAUAGUGAUACUAGAUUAAGAAGUAGACGUAAUGUUCCUGAAUGCGUAACAAAUUAUAAGGCCACACGUCAGCUGUGGAUAGGUUGUACCGAACCGAAUGUCAUCGAUGUUCGACCAUUGUGUAAUGAUGAAGGCGAUGAAGAAUAUUCAUGUCAUGGUUCGUGGACUGAAAAUGGUACAGUUUAUAUAAUCGCUCGACACAAGGGAACGAAACAUGGAGUUUGUAUUAGUUACCGGCCAACAGAUGGCACCAAUGCCAAACUGGUAGUGGGCGAUGCCUGUUAUAGAGGGACCCAGAAACCACCAGAACAUCAUUUGGAAGCCAAUUUAUCGGUGUUUGGUAAAUGUGGUGAGACGGGAAAUACAUCAGCCUCCAUACACAUUUUCAGUUGGUUACAUUUAAUGUCGGCAGCUGUAAUAACCGCACUAUUAAGUCAAUUCACAAUAACCAGAUGA